UUAUAAAGGUAGCCAAUCGACGCAGAGGGCCGAACACUUCAGGCCCGUUUAACGUGUGAGGGGGAGGUGGUGUCUUCCGGUGGGGUCGAGGGGCAGCAGCGUACGGUGAAGGACAUAGGCUGUGGAGUUUGAACCCCUUGAAAGAUUGAAAUCAUGGCAGGUCCAGAAGCUGAUGCCCAGUUCCAUUUCACUGGUAUCAAAAAAUAUUUCAACUCUUACACUCUCACAGGGAGAAUGAAUUGUGUGCUGGCCACAUAUGGAAGUAUUGCUUUGAUAGUCUUAUACUUCAAGUUAAGGUCUAAAAAAACUCCAGCUGUGAAAGCAACAUAAACAGUAAGGAGAUAACAUUUAAAACUUUAUGACUUUGCCAUUUUGAUGUUAGGGUUCCCCUCCCCCACACUAUAAAAGUUAUACUGUUGUCAUUGUUCAAAGUUUUAUUACAUUCAAAAAAAAAGAAAAAUAUUAUCCAUGUCUCCAUCACCCUGACAAUUUUUGUUAAUAUCUCAGUUUAGCUCUUUUUUAUUGUAUUUGUUUGGUUUCCAAUGGCUAUGAUCCAUCUGUAAUUUUGCUUUAUAACAUGUAUGUUCUCUAUAAAUUUGAAUGCAUGGGAGCUCAUGGAUAUAUGAUUUAUUUUAUACAGAUCUGUUUCCUACUAGAAUUUUUUAAAAUAUAAAUAACAUUACAAUGAAUGAUUUUGAGCAAGAAGUGUUUAUACAUGAUUGUUCUCUUAAUUAAGUGCCUUCUGAAAGGGUUGUGGGACACCUAGCUUUCUCUCUCUCUUCCCCACCCACCCCCUGCAGUGUUAAAUAAUGUCAGUUUCUAAUAGUUUGAUGAGUAAAAAUUUUUUUUGUGUGAAGUUGUAUAUUUUUUCCAUUUGAUUACCAUUUGUAUUUUUAACAGUCUCUGUGUUUUUAUUUAUUUGGGACUUUCUUUUUGUAAAGAUCCUCUCUUUCUUGUAUAAGCUCUUUUUGUAAUUUUUUUGGUAGUAAUUAUUUUUUUGGUAGUAAUUAUUAACCAGCCUUUGAAUCAGUUGCAAAUGCAUCUUGCUUUCAAAUUUUUUUGCAAUUCUGUCACCUAGACUUCAUUUUCUUCUUAGUGCAACCCAACGCCCAUUUGCCCUUGCUUGUAUAAGUAUUUUGUUGGCAGUAGACAAUGUACAGAAAACCCAAAACCUAGAUUUUAUCUACUGUAGCUUUCCAUGACAGAAAAUUUUUUCCUCUGCUCUUAAGACCGUUUCCAGUCCCAAAAUUAUUGACGGUAGUGGACUGACUGCAUAGCCCAAAAUGCAGUGGUCCAUGGUUUUUUCCUGACAAACAGGUAGUUUUUUUGCCCAAUUUUUCAUACUACGUGUGCGCUUAGUCACUCAGUUGUGUCCGACUCUUUGCGACCCCAGAGACCGUAGCCCACCAGGCUCCUCUGUUCCUGGGAUUCUCCAGGCAAGGAUACUGGAGUGGAUUCUUUCCAUCUGAGCCACAAGGGAACCCCAGUUUUUCAUAUUAGGUACCUCCUUUCUCUGUUUUUAUAAUGGGGAUACUACCAUCCUCCCUCCUUUCUACUAUUUAAACUAUUACUUUAUUGGGGCCGGGGUGGGGCAGAUGCUACUGGCUUGGCAAAAAAGUCCAUUCAGUUUUCCCCAUAAGCCAGAAAACUCUGAGAACAAACUUUUUGGUCAAUCCAGCAUCUUAUGUACUAGGCUUUUACAACAAUGUAUAUUUUGGAUCAUACUGAAUUAUUGACAGCUCUUUCGUUAAAGGUGGGAGUUUUAGAUUAAAUUGUUGAAAGCUGAGAGACAGCUAAAUUUGGGGGAGUUAAUGACUCCUUUGAAAAUCUAAUGAAUUUGCAUUCAAUUUCAGGGAGGUUCAUGGAUAGUCUUUUACUAAUAAUUACUGAGUCUUAAAAGCAGAAUUGAACACGUUUGUGUCUAAACUAUUUUUGCUUUGU